GGGACGCCGCGGCCCCCUCGCCGGCGAGCCGCUAGAACUCAUCUCAUCUCCUGUUCGGUCCCCGCGUGAGCCGCAGAGGGAGCCCGAGCAAUCGCGGCUGCCGGCCCUCUUGCGUCUUCGCGCGGGAGCCUGUGUAUGGAAGGUUCUGUCCAGACCUGGAGGCGAACUGUGGGGGCCUCUCGAUGAGCCUCCUGCGUUCCCCACACACUCAUCCCGGGCGCUCCGGUCCUCACCCUUCCGCUUACGGCUGAAAAACCGAGGAGAAAGAGUCCUGCGUGCAUCCUUUGUGCAGAAGCGGGUUCCCGGGACCUCAGAUCCUGUGAAGCGAUGCACCCACAUCCGGCUGGGGGCUUUCUAGCCUGGCUCUGGGCUAGGACCGACCGAGGCACGGGAUGCUGUUGGGACAGUCUGCCCCUUCCCUCGUCACCCUCCUCCACCGCCGCCACCCCUUCUCUCUUCCCUCUGGCAUUCAUCCUAAAUUAUUACCCCAUCCCACUCUAUGACUGGUUUUUGUUUUUAUUUUUGGUUUUCUGUUGAUCCGAUCCCUUCCUUGCCUUUGUCCCUCUUCUUGGUAAUAACUGGUGACUUUCCCAGGCUCUUUAUGAUGUGGCUAAUGAGUCUAAGAUGCCUUUUAUUUAAGAUUAUUUUGUCUAGGACCUUGGAUUUACUUUGGGUCAUUGGAUUUUAAACAGCGCGCUGGUGAGCUCAUUUUAGUGGGUUAAGGACUGAAGACAGGACAGGAGGCAAAACAAUUCCAUGACAGAGCACAUUCAAAAUGCCCAGCCUCGGUAUUGUCACACAUUAAGCCCUUAACCAAUGUUGUCUGUUGGUUUUUUACAAUACUUUAAACCAGGGCCUGUAAAACCUUUUGUGUGAUGAGCUGGAUAAUAAAUGUAGAAUUAGUGGACCAAGAGGCAAGAUCAAAAGUAUCCUGCAGGUAUUUUGAUAACAAAAUUUCUAUAACCUUUUAAUGAAAUUUGGUCCUUUUAUAUGGGCACUGAAAUUUGAAUUUCAUGUAAUUUUCAAAUGCCAUUGGUGGAGUCAAGUGCAUGAUCUACCAGAAGUCUCUGGCCUGAAAGUGAUGCACCCAGGACUUGAAGAAAAGGAGACUCAUCUGAGCAGAAGCUACCUGGAAUAGAUAUCCAAGAGCCUGUGCCUCAGUGGCUGUACCAUUGAAAACUCUGAAAGGUUCACUGUUACUGGCCUAGGAAGUUUCUGUUGAUCCUCAGACACGAAUAAGGAAAGUUAACAGAAUAAGCUCCCCAAGAAGAAGCACAGUGACCUGUUAUUCCUAGUGGUGUCAGGAGACCAUAACACCUUGAUGUUUCAUUCAGCAGGUCAUGAGAAGAGAGGUUAUUCAGAAUUCAAAAGAAGCUCUACGUUUGUUACAAGAAAAAAACCCUGCAUUUAAGCCAGUUCUUGCUAUUAUUCAGGCAGGUGAUGAAAACUUAAUGCAGGAAAUAAACCAGAAUCUGGCUGAGGAGGCUGGUCUGAACAUUACUCACGUCUGCCUUCCUCCAGAUAGUGGCGAAGCUGAGAUUAUAGAUGAAAUCUUAAAGAUGAAUGAAGAUACCAGAGUACAUGGCCUUGCCCUUCAGAUCUCUGAGGACUUGUUUAGCAACAAAGUGCUUAAUGCCUUGAAACCAGAAAAAGAUGUGGAUGGAGUGACAGAUAUAAACCUGGGGAAGCUGGUGCGUGGCGAUGCCCAUGAAUGUUUUGUUUCACCUGUUGCCAGAGCCAUAAUUGAACUUCUUGAAAAAUCAGGUGUCAGCCUAGAUGGGAAGAAGAUCUUGGUAGUAGGAGCUCAUGGAUCCUUAGAAGCUGCCCUGCAGUGCCUGUUCCAGAGAAGAGGGUCCAUGACAAUGAUCUCCCAGUGGAAAACACAUCGGCUUCAAAGCAAGCUUCAUGAGGCUGACAUUGUGAUCUUAGGCUCACCUAAGCCAGAGGAGAUUCCCCUUACGUGGAUCCAGCCAGGAACCACUGUUCUCAACUGCUUCCAUGACUUCCUGUCAGGAAAGCUUAGCUGUGGUUCUCCCAGGGCCCAUCUGAAUGGACUCAUUGCAGAAGAUGACGUGGGUCUCCUUGCCGCAGCUCUGCGGAUUCAGAACAUGGUCAGCAGUGGACGGAGGUGGCUCCGAGAACAGCAGCACAGGAGGUGGAGACUUCACUGCCUGAAGCUGCAGCCUCUCUCCCCCGUGCCAAGUGAUAUAGAAAUUUCAAGAGCACAGACUCCAAAAGCUGUGGACAUCCUUGCCAAAGAGAUAGGAUUGCUUGCAGAUGAAAUUGAAAUCUAUGGCAAAAGCAAAGCCAAAGUCCGUUUGUCCCUGCUGGAAAGGUUAAAGGAUCAAGCAGACGGAAAAUACGUCUUAGUUGCUGGGAUCACACCCACCCCACUUGGAGAAGGAAAGAGCACAGUCACCAUCGGGCUGGUGCAAGCUCUGACUGCCCACCUGCACGUCAACUCCUUCGCCUGCCUAAGGCAGCCUUCCCAGGGGCCGACUUUUGGAGUAAAAGGAGGAGCUGCAGGUGGCGGAUAUGCCCAGGUCAUCCCCAUGGAAGAGUUCAACCUGCACUUGACCGGAGACAUCCAUGCCAUUACUGCCGCCAAUAACUUGCUGGCUGCGGCCAUUGACACAAGGAUUUUGCAUGAAAAUACUCAAACAGAUAAGGCUCUUUAUAAUCGACUGGUUCCUUUAGUGAAUGGUGUCAGAGAAUUUUCAGAAAUUCAAGUUGCUCGACUAAAAAAACUGGGGAUCAAUAAGACUGAUCCAAGCACACUGACUGAAGAGGAAGUGAGCAGGUUCGCGCGUCUUAACAUUGACCCCACUACCAUCACGUGGCAGAGAGUGUUGGAUACCAAUGAUCGAUUUCUUCGAAAAAUAACAAUUGGACAGGCAGGCACGGAGAAGGGGUGUUCCCGGCAGGCGCAGUUUGACAUUGCCGUGGCCAGUGAAAUCAUGGCAGUGCUGGCCCUGACAGACAGCCUCAAGGACAUGAAGGAGCGGCUGGGAAGGAUGGUGGUGGCCUGUGACAAAAACGGGCAGCCUGUGACAGCAGAGGACUUGGGGGUGACCGGUGCUUUGACAGUUUUGAUGAAAGACGCAAUAAAACCAAAUCUAAUGCAGACCCUUGAAGGGACUCCUGUCUUUGUGCAUGCUGGCCCCUUUGCUAACAUUGCUCACGGCAACUCUUCAGUGUUAGCCGAUAAAAUUGCCCUGAAACUGGUUGGUGAAGAAGGAUUUGUGGUGACUGAAGCUGGCUUUGGGGCUGACAUUGGAAUGGAGAAGUUCUUCAACAUCAAGUGCCGAGCUUCGGGCCUGGUACCUAAUGUGGUGGUGCUGGUGGCUACUGUCCGAGCUCUGAAGAUGCACGGAGGUGGACCAAGUGUAACUGCUGGUGUUCCUCUAAAAAAAGAAUACACAGAAGAGAACAUCCAGCUGGUGGCCGACGGCUGCUGCAAUCUGCAGAAGCAAAUCCAGAUCGCCCAGCUCUUCGGGGUGCCGGUGGUGGUGGCGCUGAAUGUCUUCAAGACCGACACCCGUGCCGAGAUUGACUUGGUGUGUGAGCUGGCGAAGCGCGCCGGUGCCUUUGACGCGGUCCCCUGCUAUCACUGGUCGGUUGGGGGCAAAGGGUCGGUGGAGUUGGCUCGGGCUGUGAGAGAAGCUGCAAGUCAAAGAAGCCAUUUCCAGUUCCUGUACGACGUCCAGCUUCCAAUCGUGGAAAAGAUAAGAACCAUUGCCCAGGCUGUCUACGGAGCCAAGGAUAUUGAACUCUCUCCUGAGGCACAAUCCAAAAUAGAUCGUUAUACUCAACAGGGCUUUGGAAAUUUGCCCAUCUGCAUGGCCAAGACCCACCUCUCUCUGUCUCACCAACCCGAAAGGAAAGGUGUGCCGAAGGACUUCAUUCUACCCAUCAGCGAUGUCCGGGCCAGCAUAGGUGCUGGGUUCAUUUACCCUUUGGUUGGAACGAUGAGCACCAUGCCAGGACUGCCCACUCGACCCUGCUUUUAUGAUAUAGAUCUUGACACAGAAACAGAGCAAGUCAAAGGCUUGUUCUAACGUCACAAGGCCCUCACAGGACCUGAUCCAGGCUCUCAAACACAAACAUCUCCUUGCCUUUUUGCUGCAUUUGGAGAAGACAGCGAAUGUGAACUAUGCCUGUUAUGCAGUGCUGGAGAAACGGUGACACAGGCCAAAGACGUCUUCAUUCGAGUCAUCGUGCUGAUUUUAUUUGCAGCAGAGUGUAGUGUUCAGCAGAAGGACCUCCGCUGAGUUUGAAAGGAGCUAAUUUAUUUUGGUUCUGCAGAGUUUACAUUAUUUCCCACUGCUUAUACUUUAGAAUGUUUAUUUUAUAGGACUAAGGGAUUAUGAGAGUGUGAACUAAAAGGUAACAUUUUCCACUAUGGUGUUUCCUAGUGUGUUCUCUCUCGGGGUGUGUGUGUGUGUGUGUGUGUGUGUGUGUGUGUGUGUAUAGGAUGUUGCACAUGCUAGGUUACCACCUUACCGCUAAGCUACACCCCUGUUUUUUCUUUGAGCUGAAAAUAAAGAUGGAUCUAGAAACCAA